CCCUCCACGCGCCAAAGAGCUCACGCGCCCUGACACUCACACAUGCGGACCGGCUGCGGAAACGGGCAGCAGCAGCGCCUGGUCGAGGUAUGAAACACCCGGCAAGUCCUGACCACAUAUUUGGAGAUGGAAUUAUGAAUCAAUCUGCAUUUCUGAGGGGCUUUGAAGAUAAAGGACAAAGACACGACAGGGCUGACUGCCAAUUAAGUAAAGAGAAAAAGAAGAUACUGUUUUCCUUCUGUGAUGUGUGCAAUAUACAGUUGAACUCAGCAGCGCAAGCUCAGCUUCAUUACAAUGGAAAGUCUCAUCUGAAAAGAGUAAAACAGCUGAAUAAUGGGAAGCUACCUGCAAACACGAACGCAGGCAAUUUGUUUGCAGGUUCCAGCACAGGCAGCACGUGCCACACAACUACGCUCUCUACCCUUGUCCGCACACCUACGCUCAUGAUGCAGCCCUCCCUGGAUAUCAAACCAUUUAUGUCCUUCCCAGUGGAUGGCAGUCCUGCUGUCGGACUUUUCCCAAAUUUCAAUACCAUGGAUCCGGUGCAAAAAGCAGUCAUAAACCACACAUUUGGUGUGUCGCUCCCCACAAAGAAGAAACAAGUCAUUUCUUGUAAUGUCUGUCAACUUCGCUUUAACUCUGACAGCCAGGCCGAGGCCCACUACAAAGGAAGUAAACAUGCCAAGAAGGUCAAAGCACUAGAAGCAACGAAAAAUAGACCAAAAGCUGGUGCUUCCAAGGACAGCGCAAAGGCUAAUGCGAACUGCUCUGCUACACCAGUCCCAGCCAGCAUCUCUGACAAAUCAGAAGAUAAGGCAAACCUGACAGUGAAUGGCUCUAGUCAGCUUCCAAAUGCUGAAGUGGUCUCUUUUAUACCUGAGCCUGGAGCUACAGCAGUGCUUGUCACCUCCGCAGCGGUAGCAACAACAUCCACACCCUCCUCAUCAACUUCUUCCAAGAGCACAAAUGGGACUACUAAUGCCAUUUCUGAAUCAGAAGAGGAGAAAGCCAAAAAACUGCUUUACUGCUCAUUAUGCAAAGUGGCUGUGAACUCCCUAUCACAGCUAGAAGCACAUAACACAGGUUCCAAGCACAAGACAAUGGUUGAGGCUCGGAAUGGUGCCGGUCCAAUUAAGUCUUACCCUAGACCAGGAUCCAGGCUGAAGGCUCAGAAUGUCACUAUGGGCUCAGGACUGCAGAACAAAACAUUUCAUUGUGAGAUCUGUGACGUCCAUGUCAACUCAGAAAUCCAACUUAAGCAGCACAUUUCCAGCAGAAGACACAAGGACAGAGUUGCAGGGAAGCCUACAAAACCGAAAUAUAGCCCUUAUAACAAACUACAACGUAGUCCAAGUAUUCUAGCAGCAAAACUCGCAUUCCAGAAAGAUAUGAUUAAGCCAUUGGCCCCUGCGUUCCUUUCGUCUCCUCUUGCUGCUGCCGCUGCUGCUGCAGUAUCUACUGCUUUGACUCUUCCUCCACGUCCUUCAGCGGCUUUGUUCCAGACACCUGCAAUACCCACGGCUCUCCUAAGGGCAGGGCAUGGCCCCAUCCGAGCUACUCCCACAUCUAUCCUGUUUGCACCCUACUGAUGGUUGAAUCAACAGCAUCUCAUUGCUACGGCCAUUUGGAAGAGAGACCGGAGGAAGCAAAUAAAGAUUCCGUAUUUUUCCAGUGA